AUGUCGACAAUCCCAAUCUGCUGUUACCUUUUAAUUACUUAUGGCAAAGAGCAAGGGAUAUCAUUUGAGAAGUUCAGAGAGAAGUCCCUGGUUCUUUCUCUGCAUGAAUUUUUUGAAAAAGAAAAAGAAAGUGGUGUACUGUUGCUCGACCAACCAGUUGAAAGAGUAGUUGCAGCUACAGGAUUGAGCAGGUCAACAGUGUACAACAUUACUAAAGAGAAAAGAGAAACAGGUCAUGUCACCAGUCCAAAGAAAAGAGGCAGAAAGGAGCACAGCGGCAAAGUCAAGGAAUACACUGACAACUUUCUAGAAGGCGUCAUCAGACGGAGAAUACAUAGAUUCUAUACAGACAAGAUAUAUCCAACUAUGUUUUCUCUUCGUGCAGCUCUUGUUGAGGAGGCAGAACAUCCAUUUUCGAGAACAACUUUGUACAAAACUGUGCAUGAAAUGGGGUUUAGGUACAGAAAAAUGGAUAAAAAGAAAGCACUCUAUGAACAACAUAAAAUCAUAGCAUCAAUGGCCAGCUACCUCAAGGAAAUCAAACAAUUUAAAGAAGCAAAAAGACCUAUAAUAUAUCUUGAUGAGACUUGGCUAAAUCAGAGGCACACCCUAGAGAAGUGUUGGCUUGAUUAUGAUGGACUAGGUGGUUUGAGAAUUCCAAGUGGAAAAGGGAAAAGACUGAUUGUUUUACAUGCUGGUUGGGAAAAAGGAUGGAUUUUAGAGGCAGAGUUGGUUUUCGUUGGAGAGAAAGACUCUGGGGAUUACCACAAAGAGAUGAACAUAUCUCAUUUUAUGGAAUGGUUUGAAAAAAACUCUUGCCCAAUUGCCCAAGACAGUCAAUCAUUGUACUUGACAAUGCCAAGUAUCACAAUGCUGUCAUAG